AUGGAAUUAGAAAGCAAAGCUCAAGGAAUGAAAUUUUAUAACAAAUUCCAGGUAGGUGAGUUUCUGAUCUGGAGGAUUUUCGAAAAAUAUUUUGAAGUUAGUGAUUAUCAAGAAGAUGAUUUAUGCUCAAUUGGGACUUUAAAAUAUCAAGACAAAAUAAAUCAUGUUAUGCUAACUACUUUGCCAGGAUUUAUAUGCAUAAACUCAGACUCAUUUCCGCUUUUGAAUAUAAAAUUGGAUAGGUAUGUCAUUAAACUGUCAAGAAAAAGCUACACUAUAAAUGAGGCACAAAAAUUUUCAAAGCUAAUCAAAAACGAAAAUAUUAAGAGUUUGGAAAAAUUAAUUCUUUUAACUCCCCCCCUCCGUGAGCGGACAAAAAAUUUUGUUAGCUCAUGGAGGGGGUUAAUUUUGUUUUUUUAAAAAAAUGUAUAUGUAAAUUUUAUAGAAAAAUUUUUUUUUUCGAAAUUUAAAAAAAUCCUGCAAAUAUUAAUUUAAUUUGUAAAAUUUAUGUUCUAAAACAUAAUUUGUUUUAAAAUUAAACAGAAUUAGCUCGAGAUUUCAUGAUACUAGUUAUCACUUAUAUAUCAACAUUUUUUCCAUAAAAAUUUUUCUAUUAAAAUAUCUUUAUUCGCUCACUGAGGAUGGGUUUUUGGGCAAAAAAUAGGGAUUUUUCUAAUGGUUUUGUUCGCUCACAGAAGAAGGGUGAGUAAGAGAAACUGUUCAUCACACAAUUUUAUCAGGCCUUUCAAAGAACAUGAUAGUUCAAAUAUUACAAUUUUUAUCAAAUGAUGAUUUAUUAAGAAUUCCUGCUAUAAGCUUAGAAUUUUCUAUGUUGAUGAAAGACCAGAAAAUUUGAAAUUGUUUGUAUAUUAAUAGGUUUGAAAACACAGGAUUUCAAACAUCAGUUGUGAAUUGAAAAAAGGCAUUUUUCAUUGAAGCAAGAAGGAGAUGGGAAUUCAGCCGUAAUCCAUGAAAUCUGUAUAAGGUUGUUAAUUCUAAUUAA